AAAGCCAAACUUGAAAACUCCUCUUAAAAGGGAAAGUAGCAACUAGCAACUCAUUUUUCUAGCAACUAAACCCUAAACUAGGAAACUCUUAAUCCAUAAAUCUCCAAAAAAAUAUAAAACCUAAAUUACAAAAAAACCCCUACAAUCCAAAAUAUUCCACUCUUGUCCUCUUCACACUGCUACAGCUCUCAAGAAACCAAAAACCAGCUUAGAGAAAAAAAAAGCUCACAAGAGAAAGAAAGGGAUAGCAAAGAAAGAGAGAAAGUUCCUGGUUUUCUUUAAAAGCCACCAUUUAAGACCGUACAUGUAUACAUAUUUAAGUAAUUUAUAUACAUACAUACAUAUAAACAUGGUGCGUAUUCUAUAAGCUGUUUCUUUCUUCAACUUCCCUGUACACUCACAAGCCCAUAACUCAAACCCUAGAUCUUAUACUUUUCUUUUUUAUUUUAUUUUCUUUUUGGGUUUUGUUUUACAUUACUGUGAAGUAUUAAACUAUACCCAUUUCAGAGAAAGACGCACAAUUAACUCACUUUCCUUCUCCUUUUCCUUUUAUUUAUGUUCUUCUCUUUUUAAUUCUCCAAAUUCUCUUUCUUAGAUCUGCACAAUUCAGCUAUUAUUUAUACAUUUGGUUUUAGUUAAAAUUCUCCACAAUCAGCACCUGAACCUGAUAAUUCUGUUAAUGUUGGUUUUUGGAUCGGUUCAAAACUAAAUAUCCACUUCUUAAUAGGCCUUAAUUUGGUGGUAUUUAUUGCGAAUUUUUAAGAAGAACAUUUUGUGAUAUCUCAAGUUGAUUUCUUUUUAUUGGUUGAGGUUUUUGGUCAUUCAUUUCUCACGCGAUCUGGUCAAAUUGAGUGAGAUUUUGUAAUUUCAUUUGGAGUGCGUGAUAUAUUUGAUUAAAAUUAGAUCUGGGAUUUUUUUUUGUCAUGCUUUAUAUGUUGUAGUUUUGGAAUUUUAAUUACUGGGUUAUCAAAUGGCAAUGCCACCGGGAAAUGUGGUUAUAUCGGACAAAAUGCAGUUUCCCGCUGGUGGUGGCGGGGUUGGUGGUGGGGGAGUUGGAAAUGAGAUCCACCAACAGCACCACCAUCGCCAGCAGUGGUUCCCUGUGGAUGAGCGUGAUGGGUUCAUUUCGUGGUUGAGAGGGGAGUUUGCUGCCGCCAAUGCUAUAAUUGACUCCCUUUGCCACCAUUUGCGGGCAGUUGGGGAGCCUGGUGAGUAUGACUUAGUUGUAGGGUGUAUACAGCAGAGGAGGUGCAAUUGGAACGCUGUUUUGCAUAUGCAGCAAUAUUUCUCUGUAGGAGAGGUGAUUUUGGCAUUGCAGCAGGUAGCAUUAAGGAAGCAGCAGCAGCAGCAGCAACAGAGGUAUUAUUAUGAUCAGAACAAAGUUGGAGGAAAGGAGUUUAAAAGGUUUUCAGGUGCAGGGUUUAACAAAGGACAGAAGGGUGGUGGUGGUGAAGUAGUAAAAGAAGCAGUUAAUUCUAGAGUAGAAAGUCAUAGUUUUGAUGGGAAUUCUUCAGGUAAUGGAGGGAGUGAGAAAUUUGAGGAGAUCAAAUCUGGUGCUGAUGGUGGGAAAUUGGAGGAUAAGAGUGUAGCACUUGCUGAGGAUAAGAAAGAUGCUGCAGCAAAACCACAUGUAGAUAACCCCUUGAAGACUUCAGGAAAUUCAGAAGAAACCUUGUCUGGGAAUUUAGAAGCUGACGCUGAGGCUGUGGAUGAGCAAUCCAGUCUUAAAGAGAAUGAUUCACAUUCCAGCCAUAAUCAGAGUGUUAAGCAGACUCUUGCGAUCACUCCAAAAACAUUUGUUGGCGGAGAGAUAGUUGAUGGAAAGAUGGUCAAUGUGGUUGAUGGACUCAAAUUGUAUGAACAAUUGCUUGAUGAUGUGGAAGUUUCAAAGCUUGUUUCGUUGGUCAAUGAUUUGAGAGCUUCUGGGAGAAGAGGACAAUUUUCAGGUCAGACAUAUGUGGUCUCCAAGAGACCUAUGAAGGGACAUGGGAGGGAGAUGAUUCAGCUGGGUCUUCCCAUAGCAGAUGCACCUGCAGAAGAUGAAAAUGCUGCAGGGACUUCUAAAGACCGGAGAGUAGAAUCCAUCCCGACAUUGCUGCAGGAUGUCAUUGAACGUUUUGUUAACAUGCAAAUUAUGGCCGUGAAGCCAGACUCUUGCAUAAUUGACUUAUAUAAUGAGGGCGAUCACUCACAGCCUAACAUGUGGCCUCCAUGGUUUGGAAAGCCCAUUUCUGUGCUUUUCUUGACAGAAUGUGACCUGACUUUUGGGAGAGUAAUUACAGCAGACCAGCCUGGUGAUUACAAGGGUUCUCUCAAGCUGCCACUUGCACCUGGGUAAUCAAGUUUAACUUCCUUCAAC